AUGUCUACAUUCAACGUCAACAUCUUUCAUAUUAGCAAUCCCCGAAAUGUUCCCAUUAGCACUCCCCGAAAUGUUCCCAUUAGCACUCCCCAAGCAAUUCAACCCGCUGGGAACUCAUACCGUGCUGGUGCCAUAGAAUCUGGAGUAGCACCACAGGCGCCAUCGUUGUCAUCCUAUCACUCCCGACCUUGGCCAGGCAUUUUGUCGUUAGUGGCUCCUACCCCACGGGACCUUCUGGACAUAUACUAUGCGAGGUACCAAAACCAUAACGUGGACGGUGGAACGGCGGUUCCCAACGUCGAAUCCACAAGUGUCAUCCGUUCGUCAGUGCACAACAUGGGAUUUACAAGUCCCAAUCGUUCAUCCGCAGAUGUGCGGGUGAUUGGCGGCCGUCAAGACCUUGAAGGUGUAUCCGAAGAUGGUGCCCACUCUAUAAAUCUGCCUUCCGCAUUCUCAGGUCCAGUAGCGGAUGAGUCAGAGAUUAUGGACACUCGUAUCUUGCAUAGCCUAGCCACAGGAACCAUAGAUCCUAUUCUUCUCAUUCGCACCCUACCCCAUUACCGUGAUAAACAUUCCCAGGGCGCGAUGAGGAGCCGGGCGGCGGGAGUUCCAUCAGACAGAUAUCACCCGUACAAUGUGAUGAACAAGCCUUCCAGGAUAGCUGUACCGAGAAAUGGUGAUAAAAGGCAUGCAAAUAAUGUCUGUCGUCCAUCCGGAGAGACAGAAAAUUCACAAAUUAUUACUUCUCAGCACCGAGAACAUCACCACGGGCACGGCUCCGGGUAUGAUAUUCCCGUUGAGCAGAUGCCUCUAACGGCACCAAACCCAAGCGAUGAUGGAAGGGAGUCGAGGACGAAGGGUGAAAGGAUCCGUGAAGAGUUGCCCACAACGGUUGAACGGCUCUCUUCAACUGGAGAUGGCGAUAGUGGGGAGACAGAACAGCGGCCGCGAAAAAUCCAGGGUCAUAGAAGCGAUAAAGACCCUUUCUAUAGGACCCGGGAGGAGAUUUACUCCCAGCGCACCGCCGGUGUAGGGCGAAGUAGGAGGCGAAGGCGAUGA